AUGUCGAAAUCAAUACUCCAAACCCUCCGUCCCCAACACGCAUUCCGCACACUCAACCGCCAAACAAGGAGAACCUUCCUCAACGUCCCGGGCACCGAAUCCCAAACCAUAACCGCUUUGCGAAUCCUCCCCUACAACUCCAACAGCCUAUACCGUCUCAUCGCCGACAUAGACAGCUACUCCGAAUUCAUUCCCUACUGCACAUCCUCCAAAGUAACAAAAUGGUCUGAGCCGACCGAAGAAGGAAAAAGGUGGCCCUCAGAAGCCGAUCUGAAAGUUGGCUGGGGGGGCAUGGACGAGACGUUUACUUCGCGGUUAUUCUGCAUACCAGGCGAAGUAGUCGAAGCGUUGGGCGGAGACGCCGUAACCUCUCUUCCAAAAGACUCGUUAAAACACCACGCCGCGACGCUUGACGCGCCCGCGGCAGGGAACAAGAUAUUCACGAGUCUGAACACGCAGUGGCGGCUUAAGCCAUUUCAUUACAAACCACCAAGCGGAAAACCACAGACGGAUAUGACAGAGCAUCCGGCGAAGGAACAGACGGAGGUGCAUUUGUCAAUUGAGUACCAGUUUGCGAAUCCGAUGUACGGGGCGCUGAGUAGUGCGGUUGCGCCGAAACUGGCGGGGACGAUGAUUGAGGCGUUUGAGAAGAGGGCGAGGAAGGUGCUUGAUGGGCCUGGAGCGAAUUUGCCUGAGAAUAGUCCGGAGGCGGAUAGGGCUAAUGCUUCGUAA